AUUCCUAUUUAUAGUCAAAUAUUUUCCUUUAAACCCUAGCAUCUUCUUCUCCUAAACCCUAAACUUCUUCUUCUCACAGUUCUCUCAAAUCGCGGCUGCCAUGGCAACAGAAACUGUGAACCCAAAAGCAUACCCACUUGCUGAUUCACAGCUUACAACGACUAUAAUGGAUUUGGUUCAACAAGCUGCUAAUUAUAAGCAGCUUAAAAAGGGUGCUAAUGAAGCUACGAAGACACUUAACAGAGGAAUUUCAGAAUUUGUUGUCAUGGCCGCAGAUACUGAGCCCCUUGAAAUCCUUCUUCACCUUCCACUCCUUGCCGAAGAUAAGAAUGUGCCCUAUGUCUUUGUCCCUUCAAAGCAAGCUCUUGGCCGAGCAUGUGGUGUUACCCGCCCCGUCAUUGCUUGUUCAGUGACGAGCAAUGAGGGAAGCCAGUUGAAAUCUCAAAUACAGCAACUAAAGGAUGCCAUUGAGAAGCUCCUCAUCUAAAUGUUGAGCCUUUUGCAGCAUGAUGGGUCUCAACUUCACUUUUGAGGCUUGGACUGAAGUAGUUGCCGUCUUGUUGGCACUUUUUUUUUAAUCCUUGUUUCCUUUUUGUUCUUGGAUUUUACGAUUAAUGUUCUAAGAGUACCGAUAGAAGCAUGAAAAUUUAAUAUCAGGUUUACGUUAUAGUUAAUCCUGAGUUUUAUUAUAUCGUGUAUCUAUGUUUAAUGUAAUUCUAGUUUUGCUCUUAUCAUUUGGUUGGUGCAAUGAAGGAUCCUCUUUGCUUCCUCUUCUA